CCCUCCCUCUCUCUCUCUCUCUGUAGAACGCCGGAUGUCCGGAGUGUGGCUCUUCAACAAGAACGGCGUGGCUCGGCUGAUCCCGAACCCGACGCGGGAAUCCUUCGAGCGGAGGGAGCCGCACCACCCGGGCACCGCGACCGCCCCCGGCGCCCGGCCCAGGGUCCUGGUCUACGUCCCCGCCAACCACGUGAUCAGGUCCCACGCGGAGCUCGAGCAGCGGCUGGGCGAGCUCGGCUGGACCCGCUACCACAACGCGGCCACCGCGAAGCCCGACCUGAUCCAAUUCCACAAGUCCGACCGGUCGGCUCACUUGAUCUCUCUCCCCAGGGACUUCGCCAACCUCAAGACCCUCCACAUGUACGACAUCGUCGUCAAGAACCGAUCCUUCUUCGAAGUCCGCGACCCUGAAAAUGUUGCACCAUCCGUUUAGCCCAGCCAGUAGUAGCUAAGCUAGUUUCUUGGUGACAACGUAAUUACUUUCAGCAGGAUUAACACACCAAUUAUGUAGCGAACACAAAGGAGCAAAUUAAGAGCUAUAUCAUCAGUCCUAAUCACAGUGUUUUACUGAUAGUGUCCUGUAUGCAGUUUUAGGGCAUAGAGAGGUGCGGACAUGAAUAAAGUCAUCGGUAUUGUAAGCUAAAGGUUGAAAUGCAUGGGGCUGAUGCUUCGUUAUUAUUUUGGGGUU